UAAGCUAACUGUGUCACGUUUUGUUGGUGCCGUGGAUGCUGUGAAUGAAUCUGCGAUGCGAUACGAUACACCCACGCAUCACAUGCAUAUGCGUAUAUACGCGUAGAUCUGGAGGAGUGAGUAGAACAGAGGAGAAGGAGAAAGAACAACGCAAGCGGUGUUUGUUUGUUUCAAACGCACGAGGCCAUGUCGGGAUUCAGAGACGCUCACUGUUUUCCGCGUCUUGUCCUCGUUGUGAAUCUCGCUCUCGCUUUUCUUCACGCUCUCGUUGCUUCCCUUGCCUUCUUUCAGUUGAUGAGGAUUCACUUGAGAAACGCGCAGCUUGGUUUGACUCGGCAAAAAGUGUUCCAUCUGUUGAUCGGCUCUUCUAACUUGGGUUAUGUCCUUUAUUUGGCAUUGACACUUGUUGCUUCUUGCAAGGGAUGGACCUUUUGGUCACACUCUUGUGGUUUCAUGUUUAUGGCUUUCCCCAAAGUACUUUUUUUUGCAGCAUUUCUUCUUCUUUUAUCCUUCUGGGUUGACCUUUGCCAUCAGGCAGAUGAUGAUGAUGACUACGAAGGAAGUUUUUGUGAGAACCCUCUGCUGGAAAAGACAUCCAAUGAAUCAAACAUAGCAAACAUAGAUAGCCAUCGAAAGUGCUUUCCUCUUCGGCUCUCUCGUGUUGGAAAUCGGCAAAAGAUUGUGAUUUUGGUUACAUUGCUAGUUUUCAUUACCAUGAUGGCAUUUGCUUUGGUAAUCUGGAUUGGUAUAGGAAAUAAUCCCAUUGAUUCUGAAGUGACAGCUCAGGUAUAUUUAGAUCUUUCUGCUAUUGGAAUGAUUUUGUUGGGAGGAGCAUUAGCCUGUUAUGGAAUCCUAUUAUGCUUGAAAAUGAGCAAAGUGAGAGCCGAGAAACCUUCAUCUGAAAUGUGGAAGGUUGCAGGUUUAACUAUUGUCUCUGUACUAUGCUUCACAUCAAGUUCAUGUGUAGAACUUUUAACUGACAUCCCUAUGCAGUAUAGCUGGCAUCAACAGCGUCUGAAUGAUGCUUACACCUCUCUUAUACUCGUUUUGUAUUAUUUUGUGGGUUCAUCAAUACCUUCAGCAGUGAUACUGUGGGUAAUGAGAGAAUUACCACCUGCAGAAGCUGCUGGCGUACCAGAAGAAUCUAGAACAAUAACUUUUGUUGCUGAUAGUUCAAUUGCAAUUCAUCAUCCUCAACGCUGGACUACGGCAACAAGCAUGCAGAAUCAGAUAUCAAGAGCGAGUCCUAUAUAAUUAUGCAUUAACCUUUGCAAAUGUCUUGUUCUGCUGGAGUUUGGACAGCUUAUUGAGAUAUCCUCAGAAUAUGUUUAACCCUAAGAGCGCAUAAGAGAAAAUGAUAUGAUGGAUGCAAGUGCUUAAGGCUGAGAGGUUUCCCUUCCCACUGUAUUUAUAAUCUAAAUCUAAAUGUAUAUAUCAGCAAUUUGAUAUAUGAAAAAUUCUUUUCUUUUUACAAAUUUUGGGACGCUACUGUUUCAAUGCUGGUUGGGUAUUUUUCAGAGCUUGAAUAACUCCCGUCCGACAUGAAUAUGGCUGUUGCAGGGUGACCAUGUUAGCCUGCUUCCAAGCUGAAUGAAUUAAUCGAUCUCGAGAAAGAUUAUUUUUUGUCCAAAUCAUGCUGACUUGACUGACUAUGGGUACAGCUGAUCAUAACAGUUCUUUUUUAACUCCUAGGGAAAAUGUGACUCAAAUCCUGUACCCCUGAAAUUCAUCACGACAUUUACAAUUUUAGAACAAAAUAUGCUUCAAUUUAAGCCUCCACCAGGAUGCGGGAUGCAUAAUCAGAUCCGUGAUUU